UUUCAAAAAGAGCCUCUGAAUUGAACACAAGCCGUGCUCCCAAUGCGGCUUCGUGCAUUGUGUCCAGUCCCGGACAAAUAAUAAUACACGCAUGUCCCAACCACCACCUCCUCCGCCGCCGCUACAUCCUCCAAAUACAGCCCGCUCUCCCCCAGACAUGACAGAAACUCAGAAGUUGCCCGUCUUCUCGCCGCCCGGCUUCCUUCACUAUCACCGCCGCCUACCUCAGCCUGUGCAUCUCCCGCCGCUCGAGAUUCCCCCAGAUACUGUACCACCACGCCCGGAAUACGCUUUCCGCUCGCCCAUCAACCAAUUACCCUCAAUCCAGCCAGGCCCUCCACUACGCCACCAGCACCAGCAACCCUCACAUCUCCCAAGGCCAGCAGCGCCCGUCGACAAGUUAUUGCACGCAAAUCCGUACACGCCGCCCAGGUCGGACCCUCCCUACUCUCCCCAACAAUAUGGACCGUCAAUUUCACCCCGCUCAGAGUUUGACAGUAGGGGGCCGAGGAGGCUCGCCGAGCAACGCUACCCCUACGAAGAAUCUCGACCGGGACCUCCGCAUCAUGACCAGCCAUUCGCGUCCCUUGCUUCGCCAGUAGAACCGUCGCAGCAGAAGGCGUAUGCCCCGCUUCCAUCACCUAGCUACACGCCGAGUUAUGCGUCCAGCAGCACUCCAUUCCGGGGAUCUGUGGGCUCACAGUCACACCCACACUCACAUCGGGGAUCCGUAACUGCUUCCUUGGGGCCACUAGCGUAUCCUGAACCUCCGACUUCCGGGCCUCCUCCCCGGCAAGAAGUCCGCGCAAUCCCGUUACCUGGGACCAUACCACAGCCUGUGUUGAACGAGAAACUGAACCUCAAUUAUGAACUACGGGUUCGGCAGCAACCCAUUGCAGCUCGAGCGUGCGGCUUUGGUGAACGAGACCGACGAGUUAUCGACCCACCACCAAUCAUCCAGCUGCUAGUUACAGACCCCAAAACGGGCGUUGCAGAGCAGGAAGAGCUGCGGUACUCGUUGAAUGUUGUGCAUUGUACGCUUUGGAAUGCAGAUGGGACGAAUGAAGAGACGGCACUCAUCCAGCCUGAUCGACGAACGACACGGCGACUAAUGGGCCAGCUAGUUGCAUCUCCCUCGGUAGCCAAGGAUGAGCACGACGUUGAAGGCUGCUUCUUCUGCUUCCCCGAUCUUUCUUGCCGCACGCAUGGCAAGUAUCGCCUCCGAUUCAUUCUGAUGCGCAUCGAUCCCAUGAACUUGCAUGUCGGAGGAUACUCGCCGAUACUUACAGAAGUGCUCAGUGACGUAUUCACUGUCUACACAGCCAAGGACUUCCCUGGCAUGCGCCCCAGCAGCGCUCUGACUCGGGCUUUGAAGCUACAGGGAUGCAAUAUCCAAGUGAAGAAAGGCAACGAGAAGGCUCUGGCUCGCAAACGACUUACCGCUAGCCAAGAGCACGAAAAUGACGACGACGAGGAUUUAGGCAAACGACGGCGCAAGGAGUAAUUCCACAUGUCUGGCUUUUCGGCCUCAUGAUGUUUCGGUGCAGAUUUUAUUAGGCAUGUAUCUGAUUUAGAGCACCUGGGUGGCGACUUUGAUAUUCUGGAUAUCUGAAAACAUUGUUUGUC